GCGAGGAAGUGGCGUGGGUGUUGGGUGAGUGUGGGGCAUCGUCGUCUGUCUUGCGUUCGUGGCUCUCUUAAAGCCACACAGAAGCGACGGUCCACUCUUCUCGCGUGAAGUUUCGCUCUGCGUCGACGCAGACACUUCUCGCCACUUCGCCGGAGGUGGUGCUGCUGGGGGGGGCAUCAGCCCGCGGCGUCCGUGUCCCGAGUCGUCGUCGCUGCGUCAAUUUCUCGCCUCGCCCUCUCCACCACCACCACGGCGAGAGCGCGAGCUCGGGGCCGCUGCCUCCUCCUCCUUCCUUCGUUUGUUUGCCAGACGCUCCGAUCCGCCUCCUCCCUCCCAAGAGUGCUGCCUGCAGCAAGCGAGAGAAGGGGAGGGGGAGAGAAAAGCCCCCCCAGCACGAUAACUCAAGUGGAUGCUGGGGACGAGAUAUGAGGACUUCUGAAUCCUAGGCUGCUUCACUGUCAAAGUUCUUUAAGGAAUCUACAGGAGCCCUGCGGGGCCCUCGUGGGCAGCGAGCGGCACGAUGGCGGAGGGAGGGGACGGCUCGGAGAGCGUGGUGGAGAUCCUCCUGGAGGGGGAUGAGGGCGUGUCGUCGCGCGACUUCAGCAUCGACGGCGGCGGGAAGCGCGGCAUCUACAUCAAGGAGCUGGACAAGGAGUCUCCGCUCGCCAAGAAAGUUCGCCUCGCCGAAGGGGACCAAAUCAUCUCGGCGACGGUCUACUUCAAGGACAUGAAGUACGAGGACGCGGUGCGCUUCCUGUCGCUCUCCGAGCACUACACGACGGGCCUGCGCCUGCGCCGCACCUCCGGCACCACCUCGCCCGCCGGUUCUCCCACUGGCACGCUGGAGCACCCGUCCCGCAAAGUGGCGGGCGGCUUCUCGCUGGAGGGCGGCUCGCUCGGGGGCGUUGGCAUUGGGGGCGGCGGCGGCGGCACGGCGACCACCGUGGAGUACAGCAUGCACGGAGCCGGCCACCCGCGACACCUGGAGUUUGGCGGCGCCGAGUCCACGUCCCCGACGGCACGCGACUUCAACUUUGGCUCAAUGAGCCCGACGGGAGGGAGUGCCAACAAUGAAGAGUAUACAAAGAUUUUCGAGAAGAAGAUCAAACCUCGUCUGUCCUUCGAGGAUCUGGAUGCGAGUGGGGGUCCAACAGGCGGAUCGGCGUUUGAGCACGGGAUUUCUACAUCUCAUAAAGGAGCAUCCACUCAUGCAACCACUGUACUCUUCAAGGGCCAAAGAGGCUCAAGGACCUCAGGAGAGUUUGACCCAAACAUGGAACACACAUUCCAGAGUGGAAUUAGCUCAUCCAGCUACUCGUUCAGCAGCGACGGUGGAAGAGUUUGUCCAGACUUUAAAAUAAAACAGGAAGCAGAGAACGGUGAUCACAGCAUUAAGCUCAGCGGACCAACGAUAAAAGGACCAGAUGCUGGCUUUUCAUUUACAUCCAAGACAUUGAACAUUUCUGGCCCAAGUGUUCAAACCGAUGCAUCUGGUCUACGUGAGACUGAUGCCCACGGCAAGGGUGUUGACUUCUCUCUCCCCGGUUUUGAUACACGAUCACUGGGAGGGAAAGUCUCUGGAACAAAAAUAACGACGACGGAAGUGAGAGAUUCGAGUUUCCAAAUAUCUGGCGCAGAUAUGAACCUGAAUGUGAAGAAGCCGAAAGUAACUGGCGGUAUGGAGAUAGCCGAUUCAAAAUUAGAUGCCAAGACCAAGUCGGCCCAAGUGGAUGUGAAUGCUCCUGGUGUGGAAAUUCCUGGAAACCUGAACAUAACCACAAUGAAAAUACCAAAGUAUGAAGUAAGCUUUCAGAAAAUGAAAGGAUCGGGAGCUGACGCUGGAACGUCUGCAGCCUUUGAAGGCACUGUCAAGGAUCCGAAAAUACAUGGACAAGAUGGAGACUUCAGCAUCAAUCUUCCUAAAGGAGGAGGCAUUGAUGUAUCUGCACCAACACUGGACUUUGAUGCAAAUGGACUGAAAAUUCACAGAGAUGUCAAAGCACCAAAUGUGCAAAUGAAGGGAACAGAAGGCAGCAUCAAGGGUCCAACAAUUACGAUGCCACACAUAACGGGACCCGAUGUGUCUGCUAAAGGUGUAGAUGUCAAGCUGCCAAAGGUAAAAGGUAGUAUUGAUGUGUCUGGAUCUAAACAGGAAGGAAAUAUUCAAAUUCCUACCACUGAUGCAGGUUUGAAAGGGGCUGAUGUCAACAUUGAAGGUUCUGAUGGAAGAUUUAAAAUGCCAAAAUUCAAGCUACCAAAGUUUGGCAUUUCUGGUCCUCAAAUUCAUGGACCAGAUGCAAAUUUGGGUAUUGAUAUCCCCAAAGGUGAUGUUAAUAUUUCAGCUCCUAAAAUGGACAUGAAUGUUAAAGGCCCCAACUUGCAAGGGGGUUUUUCUGUACCUGAUGUAGACAUGGAGGGACCAGAUUGGAAUAUCAAAGGCCCAACAUUAAACAUGCCAAAUAUUUCAGGGCCCAAAAUAUCUGGAUCAGAUGUUAAUCUCGAAUUUAAGAAAUCAAGCGGAAAAGGAGGAUUGGGUGUAUCUGGACCAAAAUUUGAAGGUAAUGUUCAAGUGCCAGGUGUCGAUUUAGAUGUUGAAGCACCUGAUGUAAAUCUUCAGGGUCCAGAAGGUAAAUUCAAAUUGCCCAAAGUAAAAAUGCCAUCAUUUGGUUUUUCAGGUCCUAAAGUCCAUGGAUCUGAUGUAGAUGUAGAUGUCAGUCUUCCCAAAGGUGAUCUGAAUGUAUCUGUUCCUAAAGUGAACGUUGAUGUCAAAGGGCCAAAACUGGAAGGAGAUAUGUCUCUACCUGAUGUCGACAUGCAAGGACCAGAUUGGAACAUUAAAGGGCCCAACAUAAAAAUGCCACAUAUUUCGGGACCCAAAAUAUCGGCUCCGGACCUUAACUUGGACGUAAAAAUGCCAAAGUUUAAAGGAGGGGUUGAUGUAUCAGGACCGAAAGUAGAGGGUGAUGUGAAAGUUCCGGAUGUUGAUUUGGAUGUUGAAGCACCUGAUGUAGAUCUCCAGGGACCAGAUGGUAAAUUUAAAUUUCCUAAAAUGAAAAUGCCAAAGUUUGGUUUCUCAGGACCAAAGCUUCAUGGACCUGAUGUAGAUUUUGAUGUCAAUCUUCCCAAAGGUGAUAUUAAUGUUUCUGCUCCUAAAGUGGACAUUGAUGUUAAGGGCCCAAAAUUGCAGGGAGACGUCAAAGGGCCAAAACUGGAAGGAGAUAUGUCCCUACCUGAUGUAGACAUGCAAGGACCAGAUUGGAAAAUUAAAGGUCCCAACAUAAAAAUGCCACAUAUUUCGGGACCCAAAAUAUCGGCUCCGGACCUUAACUUAGACGUGAAAAUGCCAAAGUUUAAAGGAGGAGUUGAUGUGUCAGGACCGAAAGUAGAGGGUGAUGUGAAAGUUCCGGAUGUUGAUUUGGAUGUUGAAGCGCCUGAUGUAGAUCUCCAGGGACCAGAUGGUAAAUUUAAGUUUCCUAAAAUGAAAAUGCCAAAGUUUGGUUUCUCAGGACCAAAGCUUCAUGGACCUGAUGUAGAUUUUGAUGUCAAUCUUCCCAAAGGUGAUAUUAAUGUUUCUGCUCCUAAAGUGGACAUUGAUGUUAAGGGCCCAAAAUUGCAGGGAGAUGUCAAAGGGCCAAAACUGGAAGGAGAUAUGUCCCUACCUGAUGUAGACAUGCAAGGACCAGAUUGGAAAAUUAAAGGGCCCAACAUAAAAAUGCCACAUAUUUCGGGACCCAAAAUAUCGGCUCCGGACCUUAACUUGGACGUAAAAAUGCCAAAGUUUAAAGGAGGAGUUGAUGUGUCAGGACCGAAAGUAGAGGGUGAUGUGAAAGUUCCGGAUGUUGAUUUGGAUGUUGAAGCGCCUGAUGUAGAUCUCCAGGGGCCAGAUGGUAAAUUUAAAUUUCCUAAAAUGAAAAUGCCAAAGUUUGGUUUCUCAGGACCAAAGCUUCAUGGACCUGAUGUAGAUUUUGAUGUCAAUCUUCCCAAAGGUGAUAUUAAUGUGUCUGCUCCUAAAGUGGACAUUGAUGUUAAGGGCCCAAAAUUGCAGGGAGAUGUCAAAGGGCCAAAACUGGAAGGAGAUAUGUCCCUACCUGAUGUAGACAUGCAAGGACCAGAUUGGAAAAUUAAAGGGCCCAACAUAAAAAUGCCACAUAUUUCGGGACCCAAAAUAUCGGCUCCGGACCUUAACUUGGACGUAAAAAUGCCAAAGUUUAAAGGAGGAGUUGAUGUGUCAGGACCGAAAGUAGAGGGUGAUGUGAAAGUUCCGGAUGUUGAUUUGGAUGUUGAAGCGCCUGAUGUAGAUCUCCAGGGAACAGAUGGUAAAUUUAAGUUUCCUAAAAUGAAAAUGCCAAAGUUUGGUUUCUCAGGACCAAAGCUUCAUGGACCUGAUGUAGAUUUUGAUGUCAAUCUUCCCAAAGGUGAUAUUAAUGUUUCUGCUCCUAAAGUGGACAUUGAUGUUAAGGGCCCAAAAUUGCAGGGAGAUGUCAAAGGGCCAAAACUGGAAGGAGAUAUGUCCCUACCUGAUGUAGACAUGCAAGGACCAGAUUGGAAAAUUAAAGGGCCCAACAUAAAAAUGCCACAUAUUUCGGGACCCAAAAUAUCGGCUCCUGACCUUAACUUGGACGUAAAAAUGCCAAAGUUUAAAGGAGGAGUUGAUGUGUCAGGACCGAAAGUAGAGGGUGAUGUGAAAGUUCCGGAUGUUGAUUUGGAUGUUGAAGCGCCUGAUGUAGAUCUCCAGGGACCAGAUGGUAAAUUUAAAUUUCCUAAAAUGAAAAUGCCAAAGUUUGGUUUCUCAGGACCAAAGCUUCAUGGACCUGAUGUAGAUUUUGAUGUCAAUCUUCCCAAAGGUGAUAUUAAUGUUUCUGCUCCUAAAGUGGACAUUGAUGUUAAGGGCCCAAAAUUGCAGGGAGAUGUCAAAGGGCCAAAACUGGAAGGAGAUAUGUCCCUACCUGAUGUAGACAUGCAAGGACCAGAUUGGAAAAUUAAAGGGCCCAACAUAAAAAUGCCACAUAUUUCGGGACCCAAAAUAUCGGCUCCGGACCUUAACUUGGACGUAAAAAUGCCAAAGUUUAAAGGAGGAGUUGAUGUGUCAGGACCGAAAGUAGAGGGUGAUGUGAAAGUUCCGGAUGUUGAUUUGGAUGUUGAAGCGCCUGAUGUAGAUCUCCAGGGGCCAGAUGGUAAAUUUAAAUUUCCUAAAAUGAAAAUGCCAAAGUUUGGUUUCUCAGGACCAAAGCUUCAUGGACCUGAUGUAGAUUUUGAUGUCAAUCUUCCCAAAGGUGAUAUUAAUGUGUCUGCUCCUAAAGUGGACAUUGAUGUUAAGGGCCCAAAAUUGCAGGGAGAUGUCAAAGGGCCAAAACUGGAAGGAGAUAUGUCCCUACCUGAUGUAGACAUGCAAGGACCAGAUUGGAAAAUUAAAGGGCCCAACAUAAAAAUGCCACAUAUUUCGGGACCCAAAAUAUCGGCUCCGGACCUUAACUUGGACGUAAAAAUGCCAAAGUUUAAAGGAGGAGUUGAUGUGUCAGGACCGAAAGUAGAGGGUGAUGUGAAAGUUCCGGAUGUUGAUUUGGAUGUUGAAGCGCCUGAUGUAGAUCUCCAGGGACCAGAUGGUAAAUUUAAGUUUCCUAAAAUGAAAAUGCCAAAGUUUGGUUUAUCAGGACCAAAGCUUCAUGGACCUGAUGUAGAUUUUGAUGUCAAUCUUCCCAAAGGUGAUAUUAAUGUUUCUGCUCCUAAAGUGGACAUUGAUGUUAAGGGCCCAAAAUUGCAGGGAGACGUCAAAGGGCCAAAACUGGAAGGAGAUAUGUCCCUACCUGAUGUAGACAUGCAAGGACCAGAUUGGAAAAUUAAAGGGCCCAACAUAAAAAUGCCACAUAUUUCGGGACCCAAAAUAUCGGCUCCGGACCUUAACUUGGACGUAAAAAUGCCAAAGUUUAAAGGAGGAGUUGAUGUGUCAGGACCGAAAGUAGAGGGUGAUGUGAAAGUUCCGGAUGUUGAUUUGGAUGUUGAAGCGCCUGAUGUAGAUCUCCAGGGACCAGAUGGUAAAUUUAAAGUUCCUAAAAUGAAAAUGCCAAAGUUUGGUUUCUCAGGACCAAAGCUUCAUGGACCUGAUGUAGAUUUUGAUGUCAAUCUUCCCAAAGGUGAUAUUAAUGUUUCUGCUCCUAAAGUGGACAUUGAUGUUAAGGGCCCAAAAUUGCAGGGAGAUGUCAAAGGGCCAAAACUGGAAGGAGAUAUGUCCCUACCUGAUGUAGACAUGCAAGGACCAGAUUGGAAAAUUAAAGGGCCCAACAUAAAAAUGCCACAUAUUUCGGGACCCAAAAUAUCGGCUCCGGACCUUAACUUGGACGUAAAAAUGCCAAAGUUUAAAGGAGGGGUUGAUGUAUCAGGACCGAAAGUAGAGGGUGAUGUGAAAGUUCCGGAUGUUGAUUUGGAUGUUGAAGCGCCUGAUGUAGAUCUCCAGGGGCCAGAUGGUAAAUUUAAAUUUCCUAAAAUGAAAAUGCCAAAGUUUGGUUUCUCAGGACCAAAGCUUCAUGGACCUGAUGUAGAUUUUGAUGUCAAUCUUCCCAAAGGUGAUAUUAAUGUGUCUGCUCCUAAAGUGGACAUUGAUGUUAAGGGCCCAAAAUUGCAGGGAGAUGUCAAAGGGCCAAAACUGGAAGGAGAUAUGUCCCUACCUGAUGUAGACAUGCAAGGACCAGAUUGGAAAAUUAAAGGGCCCAACAUAAAAAUGCCACAUAUAUCGGGACCCAAAAUAUCGGCUCCGGACCUUAACUUGGACGUAAAAAUGCCAAAGUUUAAAGGAGGAGUUGAUGUGUCAGGACCGAAAGUAGAGGGUGAUGUGAAAGUUCCGGAUGUUGAUUUGGAUGUUGAAGCGCCUGAUGUAGAUCUCCAGGGACCAGAUGGUAAAUUUAAAUUUCCUAAAAUGAAAAUGCCAAAGUUUGGUUUCUCAGGACCAAAGCUUCAUGGACCUGAUGUAGAUUUUGAUGUCAAUCUUCCCAAAGGUGAUAUUAAUGUUUCUGCUCCUAAAGUGGACAUUGAUGUUAAGGGCCCAAAAUUGCAGGGAGACGUCAAAGGGCCAAAACUGGAAGGAGAUAUGUCCCUACCUGAUGUAGACAUGCAAGGACCAGAUUGGAAAAUUAAAGGGCCCAACAUAAAAAUGCCACAUAUUUCGGGACCCAAAAUAUCGGCUCCGGACCUUAACUUGGACGUAAAAAUGCCAAAGUUUAAAGGAGGAGUUGAUGUGUCAGGACCGAAAGUAGAGGGUGAUGUGAAAGUUCCGGAUGUUGAUUUGGAUGUUGAAGCGCCUGAUGUAGAUCUCCAUGGGCCAGAUGGUAAAUUUAAAUUUCCUAAAAUGAAAAUGCCAAAGUUUGGUUUCUCAGGACCAAAGCUUCAUGGACCUGAUGUAGAUUUUGAUGUCAAUCUUCCCAAAGGUGAUAUUAAUGUUUCUGCUCCUAAAGUGGACAUUGAUGUUAAGGGCCCAAAAUUGCAGGGAGAUGUCAAAGGGCCAAAACUGGAAGGAGAUAUGUCCCUACCUGAUGUAGACAUGCAAGGACCAGAUUGGAAAAUUAAAGGGCCCAACAUAAAAAUGCCACAUAUUUCGGGACCCAAAAUAUCGGCUCCGGACCUUAACUUGGACGUAAAAAUGCCAAAGUUUAAAGGAGGGGUUGAUGUGUCAGGACCGAAAGUAGAGGGUGAUGUGAAAGUUCCGGAUGUUGAUUUGGAUGUUGAAGCGCCUGAUGUAGAUCUCCAGGGGCCAGAUGGUAAAUUUAAAUUUCCUAAAAUGAAAAUGCCAAAGUUUGGUUUCUCAGGACCAAAGCUUCAUGGACCUGAUGUAGAUUUUGAUGUCAAUCUUCCCAAAGGUGAUAUUAAUGUGUCUGCUCCUAAAGUGGACAUUGAUGUUAAGGGCCCAAAAUUGCAGGGAGAUGUCAAAGGGCCAAAACUGGAAGGAGAUAUGUCCCUACCUGAUGUAGACAUGCAAGGACCAGAUUGGAAAAUUAAAGGGCCCAACAUAAAAAUGCCACAUAUUUCGGGACCCAAAAUAUCGGCUCCGGACCUUAACUUGGACGUAAAAAUGCCAAAGUUUAAAGGAGGAGUUGAUGUGUCAGGACCGAAAGUAGAGGGUGAUGUGAAAGUUCCGGAUGUUGAUUUGGAUGUUGAAGCGCCUGAUGUAGAUCUUCAUGGACCAGAUGCUACAUUUAAAAUGCCUAAAAUGAAAAUGCCAAAGUUUGGUUUCUCAGGACCAAAGCUUCAUGGACCUGAUGUAGAUUUUGAUGUCAAUCAUCCCAAAGGUGAUAUUAAUGUUUCUGCUCCUAAAGUGGACAUUGAUGUUAAGGGCCCAAAAUUGCAGGGAGAUGUCAAAGGGCCAAAACUGGAAGGAGACAUGUCUCUACCUGAUGUAGACAUGCAAGGACCAGAUUGGAAAAUUAAAGGGCCCAACAUAAAAAUGCCACAUAUUUCGGGACCCAAAAUAUCGGCUCCGGACCUUAACUUGGACGUAAAAAUGCCAAAAUUUAAAGGAGGGGUUGAUGUGUCAGGACCGAAAGUAGAGGGUGAUGUGAAAGUUCCAGAUGUUGAUUUGGAUGUUGAAGUGCCCGAUGUAGAUCUUCAUGGACCAGAUUCUAAAUUUAAAAUGCCUAAAAUGAAAAUGCCAAAGUUUGGUUUCUCAGGACCAAAGCUUCAUGGACCUGAUGUAGAUUUUGAUGUCAAUCUUCCCAAAGGUGAUAUUAAUGUUUCUGCUCCUAAAGUGGACAUUGAUGUUAAGGGCCCAAAAUUGCAAGGAGAUAUCAAAGGGCCACAACUGGAAGGAGAUAUGUCUCUACCUGAUGUAGACAUGCAAGGACCAGAUUGGAAAAUUAAAGGCCCCAACAUAAAAAUGCCACAUAUUUCGGGACCCAAAAUAUCGGCUCCAGACCUUAACUUGGACAUAAAGAUGCCAAAGUUUAAAGGAGGGUUUGAUGUGUCAGGACCCAAACUAGAGGGAGAUGUUAAAGUUCCAGAUGUUGAUCUGGAUGUUGAAGCUCCUGAUGUAGACCUUCAUGGACCAGAUGCUAAAUUUAAAUUUCCGAAAAUGAAAAUGCCAAAGUUUGGUUUCUCAGGACCUAAGCUUCACGGACCCGAUGUAGAUGUAGAUCUCCCUAAAGGUGAUAUCGACAUUUCUGUACCAAAAGUAGAUGUUGAUAUCAAAGCUCCAAAACUUCAUGGUGGUGUUGAUGUGCCACAUGUAGAUAUUCAUGGUCCUGAAGGGAAAAUUACAGGCCCAAAAGUGAGUGUGCCAUCAAUUGACGUGCAAUUGCCAAAGAUAUCUGGCCCAGAUUGUGACCUAGAUGUUAAGCUGCCGAAGGUAAAGGGUAGCAUUGAUAUGACUGGUCCAAAAUUAGAGGGUGACAUUAAAGGACCCCAUGUUGAUGUUGAUGCUAAAGCUCCAAAUUUGAACAUUGAGGGGUCUGAUUCUAAAUUUAAAUUCCCCAAAUUUAAAAUGCCAAAGUUUGGUUUUUCAUCCCCAAAAUUCCAUGGACCAGAUGUGGAUUUUGACGUAAGCCUUCCAAAAGGUGACAUCGAUGUUAAAAGUCCAAAGGUAAAGGGUGGUAUUGAUGUAUCUGUGCCCAAAAUAGAAGGGGAAAUGAAUGUUCCUGAUGUUGAUGUGAGUUUGAAUUCACCUGAUGUGGACAUUGAGGGAAAAGAUGCUAAAUUUAAGCUCCCCAAAAUGAAAAUGCCUAGCUUUGGAAUAUCAGGACCUAAAUUUCAUGGACCAGAUGUAGAUUUGGAUCUUAGUCUUCCAAAAGGCGACUUAGAUGUUUCUGUACCAAAAGUAGACAUUGAUGUAAAAGGCCCCAAGUUUGAAGGAGACAUUAAUGCACCAGAUAUAGAUGUUGAAGGUCAACAUGGCAAAAUAAAAAUUCCGAAAUUCAAGAUCCCAUCAAUGUCAGGACCACAUAUUUCCGGUCCUGAUUUUGGCCUGGAUUUAAAGAUGCCCAAGUUAAAAGGAGACAUUGAUACAUCUUUGCCAAAAGUAGAGGGUGAUGUUAAGGUUUCAGAUGUUGAUGUAAAUAUCAAAGGUCCCGAUAUGAACAUAGAAGGAGCUGAUGCUAAAUUUAAACUGCCUAAAAUGAAAAUGCCUGACCUCAGUUUUUCAGGCCCCAAAAUCCAUGCACCAGAUGUUGAUAUGGAUCUCAGUCUUCCAAAAGGUGAAGUUUCUUUCAAAGGGCCAAAAGGGCAUGGUGAUGUGUCUCUUCCAGACAUAGACAUUGAGGGACCGGAGGGGAAAGUAAAAGGUCCAAAGAUCAAGUUGCCUUCAAUAGCAGGACCAAAUAUAUCUGCACCAGACCUCAAUUUAGAUUUGAAAAUGCCAAAAUUUAAGGGUGGAAUUGAUGUAUCUGGACCAAAAGUAGAGGGUGAUAUAAAUGUUCCAGAUUUUGACGUGGACAUUGAGGCACCUGAUGUCAACAUUGAAGGCCCAGAGGGGAAAAUUAAAUUGCCAAAAAUGAAAAAUCCAAAGAUUGGAUUUGCAGGUCCUAAUAUAGAUGUAGAUCUAAAUAUCCCAAAAGCUGAUGUUAGCAUUUCUUCCCCUAAACUAGAUACGGACAUAAAAGGGCCAAAAUUAGAAGCUGAUCUAUCUGGACCUGAUGUAGAUAUUGAUGGAUCUGACUCAAAAUUCAAAUUGCCUAGAUUUAAACUCCCAAAAUUUGGAUUUUCAGGUCCUAAAGUUCAUGGUCCCACUGUAGAUAUUGAUGCUAAUAUUCCAAAACCUGACAUUGAUUUACCUUCUCCAAAAAUAAAAGGAGAAGUUAAAGGACCACGUGCAGGAAUUGAUGUGAGUGCACCUGAUGUCAAUAUUGAAGGACCAGAAAUGAAAAUAAAAAAGCCUAAAUUCAAAAUGCCAAAGUUUGGAUUUUCUGGACCGAAGAUUCAGGGUCCUGAUAUAGAUGCAAAUGUUGAUGUGAAUCUACCAACAGCUGAUGUUGAUAUGUCUUCUCCAAAAUUUAAAGGAGAUAUCAAAGGAUCUGCUGGUGGACUGGAUAUUCAGACACCAGAUGUCAACAUUGAAGGUCCAGAUGCUAAGCUGAAAAUGCCCAAAAUGAAAAUGCCAAAGAUUGGAUUUUCAGGUCCUAAGCUUCACGGACCUGAUGUAGACUUAGAUCUCAGUCUCCCAAAGGGUGAAAUUAGUGCAUCUGCACCGAAUUUAGAGAUAGAUGUUAAAGCACCAAAAAUUCAUGGGGACCUGGAUGUUCCAGGAGUGGAUAUUGAAGGACCAGAAGGGAAAAUCAAAGGUCCAAAAAUAUCCAUGCCUUCAAUUUCAUUGCCCAAAAUAUCUGGCCCAGACCUUGAUUUUGAUGUGAAAAUGCCAAAAUUGAAAGGAGGAGUUGAUGUAUCAGGACCAAAAAUUGAAGGGGGUGUGAAAGUACCAGAUGUGGAUGUGAAUGUUGAUGGUCCUGAUAUUAAUCUUGAGGGACCAGAGAGUAAACUCAAAUUUCCAAAAAUGCCCAAAUUUGGUUUUUCAGGACCAAAUAUUCAUGGGCCUGAUGUAGAUUUUGAUAUUGCUGCACCAAAAUUAGAUAUUAAUGUGAAAGGGCCAAAAAUGGAAGGACAUGUGGAUGUACCUCAUUUGGAUAUAGAAGGACCUGAAGGGAAAAUAAAAGGCCCAAACAUGAAACUACCUUCAAUGUCGGGACCCAAAGUAUCAGCUCCAGACCUUGACAUGAACAUAAAGAUGCCAAAGUUUAAAGGAGGGGUUGAUGUGUCGGGACCAAAAUUAGAGGGAGAUGUCCAUGUGCCAGAUGUUGAUUUGGAUGUGGAAGCGCCUGAUGUAGAUCUCCAUGGACCUGAUGCUAAAUUUAAAUUUCCUAAAAUGAAAAUGCCGAAGUUCGGUUUCUCCGGACCGAAGCUUCAUGGGCCUGAUGUAGAUUUUGAUCUCAGUCUUCCAAAAGCUGACGUUGACAUUGCUGCACCAAAAGUAGAUCUUGAUGUUAAAGGGCCAAAUAUAGCAGGAGAUAUUGAAGCACCAAAUCUAAAUAUUGAGGGUUCAGGAGGAAAAAUUAAAAGCCCCAAAUUCAAAAUGCCUUCAUUUUCAGGACCAAAAAUAUCAGGUCCAGACCUUAACGUAGACAUAAAAUCACCAAAGUUUAAGGGUGGAGUUGAUAUGUCAGGACCAAAGCUUGAAGGUGACAUCAAUAUUCCCAAUGUUGAUUUGGAUGUUGAAGCGCCUGAUGUAGAUCUCCAUGGACCAGAUGCUAAAUUCAAAUUUCCUAAAAUGAAAAUGCCAAAGUUCGGAUUCUCAGGACCUAAGCUCCAUGGACCUGAUGUCGAUUUGGAUCUUAGUCUUCCAAAAGCUGACUUUGAUAUUGCUGCACCAAAAGUGGACAUUGAUGUUAAAGGACCCAAAUUGCAUGGAGAUAUGUCUCUACCUGAUGUAGACAUUGAUGGACCAGAAGGAAAAAUUAAAGGUCCAAAAAUAAAAAUGCCAGAUAUUACAGGCCCCCAAAUCUCUGCUCCAGACCUUAACUUGGACAUGAAGAUGCCGAAGUUUAAAGGAGGGGUUGAUGUGUCAGGGCCAAAACUAGAGGGAGAUGUGCAUGUACCAGAUGUUGAUUUGGAUGUGGAAGCGCCUGAUGUAGAUCUACAUGGACCAGAUGCUAAAUUUAAAUUUCCUAAAAUGAAAAUGCCAAAGUUUGGAUUCUCAGGACCUAAGCUUCAUGGGCCUGAUGUAGAUUUAGACCUCAGUCUACCAAAAGGUGACAUUGAUAUUGCUGCACCUAAAGUAGAUGUUGAUGUUAAAGGGCCCAAAAUCGAGGGAGAUAUUGAAGGACCACAUAUAAAUGUUGAAGGUUCAGGGGGAAAAAUAAAAAGCCCAAAAUUCAAAAUGCCCUCAUUUUCAGGGCCUAAAAUAUCAGGUCCUGACCUAAAUUUGGAUGUAAAAAUGCCAAAGUUAAAGGGUGGAGUUGAUGUAUCUGGACCAAAGGUUGAAGGUGACAUCAAUGUUCCUGACGUUGAUUUGGAUAUUGAAGUGCCUGAUGUAGAUCUACAUGGGCCAGAUGCAAAAUUUAAAUUUCCUAAAAUGAAAAUGCCAAAGUUUGGUUUCUCAGGACCAAAGCUUCAUGGACCUGAUGUAGAUUUUGAUGUCAAUCUUCCCAAAGGUGAUAUUAAUGUUUCUGCUCCUAAAGUGGACAUUGAUGUUAAGGGCCCAAAAUUGCAGGGAGAUGUCAAAGGGCCAAAACUGGAAGGAGAUGCAUCUCUUCCUGAUGUAGACAUUGAAGGACCAGAUUGGAAAAUUAAAGGUCCCAACAUAAAAAUGCCACAUAUUUCAGGACCCAAAAUAUCAGCUCCAGACAUUAACUUGGAUGUAAAGAUGCCAAAGUUUAAAGGAGGGGUUGAUGUGUCAGGCCCAAAACUAGAGGGAGAUGUGCAUGUGCCAGAUGUUGAUUUUGAUGCUGAAGCUCCAGAUUUAGAUCUGCAUGGGCCAGAUGCUAAAUUUAAAUUUCCUAAAAUGAAAAUGCCAAAGUUUGGUUUUUCAGGACCAAAGCUUCAUGGACCUGAUGUAGAUUUUGAUGUCAAUCUUCCCAAAGGUGAUAUUAAUGUUUCUGCUCCUAAAGUGGACAUUGAUAUUAAGGGCCCAAAAUUGCAGGGAGAUAUCAAAGAGCCAAAACUGGAAGGAGAUAUGUCUCUACCUGAUGUAGACAUGCAAGGACCAGAUUGGAAAAUUAAAGGCCCCAACAUAAAAAUGCCACAUAUUUCAGGACCCAAAAUAUCAGCUCCAGACCUUAACUUGGAUGUAAAGAUGCCAAAGUUUAAAGGAGGGGUUGAUGUGUCAGGACCAAAACUAGAGGGAGAUGUGCAUGUGCCAGAUGUUGAUUUGGAUGUUGAAGCACCUGAUUUAGAUCUUCAUGGACCAGAUGCUAAAUUUAAAAUGCCUAAAAUGAAAAUGCCAAAGUUUGGUUUCUCAGGACCAAAGCUUCAUGGACCUGAUCUAGAUUUAGAUGUCAAUCUUCCCAAAGGUGAUCUUAAUGUUUCCGCUCCUAAGAUGAACAUUGAUGUUAAAGGCCCAAAAUUGCAAGGAGAUGCAUCUCUUCCUGAUGUGGACAUUGAAGGACCAGAUUGGAAAAUUAAAGGUCCCAACAUAAAAAUGCCACAUAUUUCAGGCCCCAAAAUAUCAGUUCCAGACUUUAACAUGGAUGUAAAGAUGCCAAAGUUUAAAGGAGGGGUUGAUGUGUCAGGCCCAAAACUAGAGGGAGAUGUGCAUGUGCCAGAUGUUGAUUUUGAUGCUGAAGCUCCUGAUGUAGAUCUUCAUGGGCCAGAUGCUAAAUUUAAAUUUCCUAAAAUGAAAAUGCCAAAGUUUGGUUUCUCAGGACCAAAGCUUCAUGGACCUGAUCUAGAUUUAGACGUCAAUCUUCCCAAAGGUGAUCUUAAUGUUUCCGCUCCUAAGAUGGACAUUGAUGUAAAAGGCCCAAAAUUGCAAGGAGAGGCAUCUCUUCCUGAUAUGGACAUUGAAGGACCAGAUUGGAAAAUUAAAGGUCCCAACAUAAAAAUGCCACAUAUUUCAGGACCCAAAAUAUCAGCUCCAGACUUUAACAUGGAUGUAAAGAUGCCAAAGUUUAAAGGAGGAGUUGAUGUGUCAGGACCAAAACUAGAGGGAGAUGUGCAUGUGCCAGAUGUUGAUUUGGAUGUUGAAGCACCUGAUUUAGAUCUUCAUGGACCAGAUGCUAAAUUUAAAAUGCCUAAAAUGAAAAUGCCAAAGUUUGGUUUCUCAGGACCAAAGCUUCAUGGACCUGAUCUAGAUUUAGAUGUCAAUCUUCCCAAAGGUGAUCUUAAUGUUUCCGCUCCUAAGAUGGACAUUGAUGUUAAAGGUCCAAAAUUGCAAGGAGAUGCAUCUGUUCCUGAUGUGGACAUUGAAGGACCAGAUUGGAAAAUUAAAGGUCCCAACAUAAAAAUGCCACAUAUUUCAGGACCCAAAAUAUCAGCUCCAGACUUUAACAUGGAUGUAAAGAUGCCAAAGUUUAAAGGAGGUGUUGAUGUGUCAGGCCCAAAACUAGAGGGAGAUAUGCAUGUGCCAGAUGUUGAUUUUGAUGCUGAAGCUCCUGAUGUAGAUCUUCAUGGGCCAGAUGCUAAAUUUAAAUUUCCUAAAAUGAAAAUGCCAAAGUUUGGUUUCUCAGGACCAAAGCUUCAUGGACCUGAUCUAGAUUUAGAUGUCAAUCUUCCCAAAGGUGAUCUUAAUGUUUCCGCUCCUAAGAUGGACAUUGAUGUUAAAGGCCCAAAAUUGCAAGGAGAUGCAUCUGUUCCUGAUGUGGACAUUGAAGGACCAGAUUGGAAAAUUAAAGGUCCCAACAUAAAAAUGCCACAUAUUUCAGGACCCAAAAUAUCGGCUCCAGACCUGAACAUGGACAUAAAGAUGCCGAAGUUCAAAGGAGGGGUUGAUGUGUCAGGACCCAAACUAGAGGGAGAUAUGCAUGUGCCAGAUGUUGAUUUGGAUGUUGAAGUGCCCGAUGUAGAUCUUCAUGGACCAGAUGCUAAAUUUAAAAUGCCUAAAAUGAAAAUGCCAAAGUUUGGUUUCUCAGGACCAAAGCUUACUGGACCUGAUCUAGAUUUAGAUGUCAAUCUUCCCAAAGGUGAUCUCAAUGUUUCUGCUCCAAAAGUAGACAUUGAUGUUAAAGGCCCAAAAUUGCAGGGAGAUGCAUCUCUUCCUGAUGUAGACAUGGAAGGUCCAGCCUGGAAAAUUAAGGGUCCCAACAUAAAAAUGCCACAUAUUUCAGGACCCAAAAUAUCAGCUCCAGACCUUAACUUAGAUGUAAAGAUGCCAAAGUUUAAAGGAGGGGUUGAUGUGUCAGGCCCAAAACUAGAGGGAGAUGUGCAUGUGCCAGAUGUUGAUAUGGAUGUUGAAGUGCCUGAUGUAGAUCUCCAUGGACCAGAUGCUAAAUUUAAAUUUCCUAAAAUGAAAAUGCCAAAGUUUGGAUUCUCCGGACCUAAAGUUCAUGGGCCUGAUGUAGAUUUGGAUCUCAGUCUCCCUAAAGGUGACAUUGAUAUUGAUGCACCUAAGAUAGAUAUCGAUCUCAAAGGGCCAAAAUUGCAGGGUGAUGUUGAUAUUAAUGCUCCUUCGGUCGAUGUUGAAGGUCCCGAAGGCCACCUUAAAAUGCCCAAAGUAAAACUACCAAAGUUCGAGGUAAAUCUUCCAAAAAUUAAAGGCCCAGAUUUAAACCUUGAUGUAGGUUCUCCAAAAGCUGACAUCGAUAUAUCUGGACCAAAAAUUAAAGGUGACAUGAGAGCUCCUGACAUAAAUAUUGAUGCACCAGAUAUAUCAUUAAAAGGACCGGAUGUGAAAGCUAAAGGUUCUAAGUUCAAACUUCCAAAGUUUGGUCUGUCUGGUAAAAAACCUUCCUUAUCUGAUAUUGACAUGGAUCUAAAAUCUCCUGAUUUUGAUGCAGAUGUAAGUCUCCCAGAAAUGAAUGUGUCUGGCACAGCAGGGGGACAUUUUGAUGUAGAGUCCCCAAAUUUAUCGGCUGAAGGGCCUGAUUUUAAGCUUAAAAAAUCUAAGUUCAAGAUGCCGAAAGUUGGAUUUACUGGCCCCAAAGUCAAAGGAUCAACCUUAGAUGUAGAUAUGAGCUUGCCAAAAGGGGAUGUUGACAUUGCAUUUCCAACAAUUGAAGGAGACAUUAAAAUCCCAAAAGCUGAUUUAUCUUGUCCAAAAAUGAAAGGGGAAUUUGAAGGUCCAGAUAUUGCAGUGAACACUUCGUUACCAGACAUUAAUGUUGAAGGUCCUGAUUAUAAAUUGAAAAAGCCCAAGUUUAAAAUGCCGAAGUUUGGAUUUUCAGGCCCCAAAGUUCAAGGCCCAGACAUCGAUGUUGAUCUUAGUCCUCCAAAAGUUGAUCUCAAUGCACCAAAAUUAGACAUUGAUCUUCGAGGGCCAGAAUUUGAAGGGGAAUUUUCAGGACUCAAUGUAGACAUAGAGGGCCCAGAAGGAAAAGUUAAGGGUCCAAAGUUAAAGAAGCCUACCUUGGGAUUCUCAGGACCAAAAGUAUCUGGCCCUAACCUUGACAUGGAUGUCAAAAUGCCAAAGAUAAAGGGAGGUGUUAAUGUGUCAGGACCAGCAUUAGGUGACAUUAAUGUUCCAGGUGUUGAUUUGGAUGUUGGUGCUGCUGAUAUUGAUGUGGAAGGACUGGAUGCUAAGUUUAAACUUCCUACUGUCAAACUUCCCAAAUUUGGGCUUUCAGGGCCCAAAUUGGAUGCUCCAGAUGUAGACAUUAGUCUUCCAAAAGGUGAGAUUGAUGCAUCUCUACCUAAAGUAGAUAUUGGAGUUAAAGGGCCAGGCUUUCAUGGGGACAUUGCAGGUCCACAUAUGGAUAUUGGGGGACCAGAAGGAAAAAUCAAAGGUCCCAAGAUAUCUGGACCAGAUGUUGAUUUGAGUCUUAAAAUGCCAAAGAUGAAGGGGGGCAUGGCCAUAUCUGCACCAAAAAUAGAAGGUGACAUUAAGGCUCCUAAUAUGGACAUUGAUGUCAAUGCACCUGACAUGAAUAUUCAAGGCACAGAUUCCAAAUUCCAUCUGCCCAAAAUGAAAAUGCCCAAGUUUGGCUUUUCAGGACCUCAAAUACAUGGACCAGAUGUAGGUGUUGACCUAAACUUACCAGAAGGUGGCAUUGAUGUUUCUGCACCUUCGCUAGACCUUAAUGUUAAAGGAGCAAAAGUUAAAGGAGACAUUGAUGCACCCAGUGUAGACAUUGAAGGACCGGAAGGAAAAAUAAAAGGUCCAAAAGUUAAAAUGCCUACAAUAGAUAUUUCGGGACCCAAGAUCUCUGGACCAGAUAUUGAUAUGGGUCUUAAAAUGCCAAAGAUAAAGGGGGGUAUGGACAUAUCUGGACCAAAAGUAGAAGGUGAUCUUAAGUCUCCAAAUAUGGGUAUUGAUGUCCAUGCACCUAACAUAAGCAUUGAAGGACCAGAUUCAAAAUUCCAUCUACCCAAAAUGAAAAUGCCCAAGUUUGGUUUCUCAGGUCCAAAAUUAGAAGGACCAGAUGUGGAUGUGGAUGUUAACAUUCCAAAAACUGACAUUGAUAUUUCUUCACCAACUGAUGUUGACAUUAAAGGGCCAAAACUGGAAGGAGAUGUUUCCAUACCUGGUGUUGAUAUUGAAGGACCAGAUGCAACAUUUAAAAUGCCCAAAAUUAAAAAGCCUAAAUUUGGUUUUUCAGGUCCUAAAGUUCAUGGUCCAAAUGUAGAUGUGGACCUCAGUCUUCCAAAAGGUGACAUAGACAUUGACGUUAAAGGUCCAAAAGUGAAGGGUGAUGUUGGUGCACCGCAUUUGGAUAUAGAAGGCCCUGGAGGAAAAAUCAAAGGCCCAAAGUUUCAAAUGCCAUCGUUCAAUCUUUCUGGACCAAAUAUAUCAGGCCCAGAUCUUGAUGUGGAUGUUAAAUUGCCAAAGGCAAAAGGUGGUGCCGAUGUGUCUGGUCUGGAAAUAAAAGGAGAUGUCAGAGCACCAGACAUUGGUGUGAAUACCCAUUCGCCAGAUUUAACUAUUGAAGGACCUGAAGUUAAAUCCAAAAAGUCUAAAUUUAAAAUGCCAAAACUUGGGUUUUCAGGCUCCAAAGUUCAGGGCCCAACUGUGGAUUUAGACUUCAGCCCUCCAAAAGGAGAAUUUGACAUGUCUACACCAGGAGGAGAUUACGAUGUUAAAAUUCCAAACCUUCAUGGGGAUACACCCAAAGUGAACAUUGAAGCACCCAAAGUGAACAUUGAAGGAGGAGGAGGACAAUUCAAAGGUCCAAAAGUAAGCAUGCCUUCUGUAGCAAUUUCAGGGCCCAAAAUAUCUGGUGAAAACCUUGAUGUGAAUCUUAAGAUGCCAAAAGGUAAGGGAGGUAUUGAUAUAUCCGGUUCAAAUAUUGAAGGUGAUUGGAAUACAGGAACAAAUAUUAAAUUUGAUGCAAAUGCCCCUGAUGUUGAUAUUGAAGGUCCUGAAGGGAAGUUGAAAAUGCCAAAAAUCAAAUUACCAAAGUUUGAAAUAAACCUUCCACAAGUGAAACAACCAGAAGCAGGGGUAGGUGUUGGCUCACAUGAUAUAGAUGUAUCUGGUCAAGUGAAAGGAGAAAUUAAAACCCCAGAAGGUGGAAUACAUUUACAUGGGCCUGAUGUGAAUAUUGAAGGGCCAGAUGCAAAGCUUAAAAUGCCAAGAAUUAAAAUUCCCAAAUUUGAUGUUAAUCUGCCCAAAGUAAAAGGUCCUGAAGUUGAUGUUGACCUCCAAAGUUCGGACUUUUCUGGACCAUCAUUUAAAGGUGAUGUGGAUAUGCCAGAUGUAAAUGUCAGUAUGGAUUCCCCAGAUUUUAACAUUGAGGGUGCAGAAGGAAAGGUGAAAAAGGGCAAAAUGAAAAUGCCUAAGUUUGGAUUUCAUGGAAAAACAAGCAAGCCAAAAUCAGAUGUAGAUCUUGACUUGCCAGAAGCUAAAGGAGAAGUAGAAUUUUCAUCCUCCAGAGUAAAAUUCAAAGGACCUAAAGUCAAGGGUGGAGGUGAUGGGUCAUUGAGUAGUUUUGAUGAUGCACAUUUAUCGGUAAAAUCGCCCACUUCAAAAAGUCCAGGUAUUGGGAUUUCCUCUAAGGGUUCCUAUACCAUCGGUGGAUAUGCAUCUGGUGGUGCCGAGUGUGACCCCACACUAUUAGGCGUACAUUCCGGUAGCUCGGACCUCGCUGCAAGAUCGAGCAAUGGCCAAGAUGAUGCCGACGGGAAAGGCAAAGGUAAAAUAAAAUUGCCAGGAUUUUCGUUUGGAACUAAGAAAAAGGGCUCCGCAAACAUCUCUGGAAGCAGCGAAUUUGACGGAUCUGUAGAGGGCGGUUCCUUCCAUUUUGGCGCGCCGGAAGUCCGAAUGUCCUCGUCAAACUCCGAGCACGACUCCGAUUCGGGUGCGGCAGGUUCAGCAAAGCUGCACCUUCCAAAGAUUGGCUUCAAGAAGCCAAAGGAAUGAGCAGUGAUUCCCCUGAAAAUGUAGUAAUAGCAUAGGGUUACUUGCGCUCAUCUGGUCCUGGUUUGUCUACAUUUGGAGAAACUGAUAACCUAAUAAAUCAAUUUGUAAAUACAGAAAAAUCUAUAAGUAUCGGCAUACCUGUUAAGUUAUCGUAGUUUUUUUCCUCUUAAACACCAAUUCACGUACUCACAAAUCUAUAAAUAAAAUUUCGUUGUAUUGUCCAAGCUAUGAAUUUGUUUUGUAAUUGAAUAAUAGAAAAUACUGCGAGGGUGAUUAGUUCUAAGAAUAAAAUGUGGGAGCCUCAGUUAUCCGAAGACAGAACCCCUGUACAAAUGGUCCACUUAUUAUUGGCUGUAGUUGGUAAUGUAGUGUAGUUUUUAGAAAAGUAAGUUUGUACAUUUAUUACAUGCUAAGAUUUUCUUCGUGGAUGAUUAGUAUUCGACUUGUUACAUUUUAUUAUUCGCAAAACACAUUAACAUCACCUACUCGUACAAUAUAUUGUAAUAAUGUUGUCUUUUUUGCUACGAAUAACUUUUAAUACAGCUGUUUCGCAGGUGUGUUUUGGCAGUUCUGUUGGAUGAAAAUACAAACCCUUUUUAAAGCAGCUUUCAACUUGGGUCUCAGCAGAUGCUAAAUAAAAUGUAUCUUAACGCAAAGGGUUAUUUUUACAAGGCCUUGACUACUGUUUCCCUCCAGCCCAAGGGUAUCUACUUUUUUAGUUCUGCCUUUUAAGAGACGAAUGAGAACUCUCCACCUGUUGCAACAUUACUCCCAUGCAAAGCGGGUGGGGAAAGCAAGGGUGUAUAUAACAUGUGAAACGUUGAGUGGAUCCACCCGAUAAUACGAGGACCUUUUCAAUGUAGUGGGUCACGCUGAUAGAUUUGCCAAGGGCUUAUUCCAAAGAUGUCUUCAUACUGUGAUCUUCAUUUUUAAAAGCAACAUUGUGUUCUUCCUGGAAAACCUACACUUUGGCAUACAUUCUUAACUUUAGAAUAAUAAAUAUCGGUCCAAACAAAUCCUUGCAAUUUAAGGCUGUACACUUCACAAUUUUAAAAGAUUAGUUUGUUGGUGUCCAUGGAUGUUGUGAAGGUGUCUGUAGACAGGAUAAGUAUAUUCUUGGUUCUUUAGGUAAAGUCACGUGAUAGACAAAAAAAAUCGCAACACAAGCCGUCUUCUCCACCUGAAGAAGACCGCUUGUGUUGCGAUCGAAACGUCGUGGGGUUUUUAUUGCUUUUAAUUUAGAUUUUGUUGUUGUCUAUUACGUGACUUUACCGAAACAACCAAGAACAUGAAUUCCUGCAUUCACGAAAGUUUUAAGUCUAAGGAUAAGGCGAGUGGCACGUUUGAUCGGUUUUUAUUUCUAAAUGUGAUCGACAGAACAAUGUUUUUUUUCACUUUUAAUAUUAAUAAAAAAAAUGCUUAUUACGUAAGCUCUUCACUGUUUGUGUAAUGGGGAUGCUUAUUUGUUAUUAUUUUUUUGUUUAUAUAUAUUUGCACUUUGUUUAUUAAAUUACUGCUUCUUGAACUGCUUCGAUGGUUGGACGUAUAUUUUUUUAAGUUCUUUCAUAUUCGCUUUAUGGAACAUUUUUAGUAACCAAAUCACAAUAUAAGACAUUGGGGUGUAUGGUGUUUUGUAAUAGAAACAAGUAUUUUGCCUUGUUAUAUUUUUCUUAACUGAAUAAUGUAGUUUUAAUCGACUUUUUUUAUGUGACGUCCAAUAUUCCACCCAAUUAAAGCAGUUGCAGUCGGUAAGGAGGUGUCUUUUAUGAAUGUCCAACGUGGCCUUAAUGCUGGUGUUCAAUGGUGGCUCUGUAAUUAAUUUUCUGUAAAUAUUCCUGCAUCACUCAUGUAUUGGGGUCUUUACCAUUAAAGAGAAGCAUAAUUA